GGAAUAAUAUCAUUUUAGUACAAACAAAAUAAUAUUAUCUAAAAUCAUGGCGUCAAAAAAAUCAGCUGAAAGUGUUAAAGUUGUUGUUCGCUGUCGACCAAUGAAUGAAAAAGAAGUAGCAGCUGGUUAUGAAAGGGUAGUUGAAAUGGACAGCAAGAGAGGAAUAGUGUACUUAAGUACACCGUCAUCCAAGAAGGAUGAACCUCCUCGUGAAUUCACUUUUGAUUCUGUUUAUGAUUGGAACUCAAAGCAGCGAGACUUGUAUGAUGAAACAUUUUCAGAAUUAGUAGAAUCAGUUUUAAAUGGUUAUAAUGGAACAAUAUUUGCAUAUGGACAAACAGGAACUGGGAAAACAUUUACAAUGGAAGGUGUACGUUCAGAUCCUGAGUUACGUGGAGUUAUUCCAAACUCUUUUGAACAUAUUUUCACACAUAUAUCACGCACACAAAACCAACAGUUUCUUGUAAGGGCAUCUUAUCUAGAAAUAUAUCAGGAGGAAAUUAAAGACUUACUAUCAAAAGAUCACAAAAAGAAACUAGACUUGAAGGAGCGACCUGAUACUGGAAUCUACGUGAAAGAUUUGCAAUCUUUUGUUACAAAAAGUGUUAAGGAAAUAGAGCAUGUAAUGAAUGUUGGAAAUCAAAACAGAGCUGUUGGUGCAACUAAAAUGAAUGAACACUCAUCUAGGUCGCAUGCAAUAUUUCUUAUAUAUAUAGAAUGCAGCGAGGUGGGACCAGAUGGUGAACCACACAUCCGUGUUGGAAAAUUAAACAUGGUUGACUUGGCAGGUAGUGAGAGGCAAGACAAAACAGGAGCAGAGGGUGACAGGUUAAAAGAGGCAACAAAAAUUAAUCUUUCUUUAUCAGCUCUUGGUAAUGUUAUAUCUGCCUUGGUUGAUGGAAAAAGUGCUCAUAUUCCAUACAGAGAUUCUAAACUGACUAGAUUGUUGCAAGACUCUCUUGGAGGUAAUGCAAGAACAGUAAUGGUUGCUAAUAUGGGACCAGCUAGUUAUAACUAUGAAGAGACUAUAACAACAUUGCGAUAUGCAAAUCGUGCAAAAAAUAUAAAAAAUAAACCCAAAAUUAAUGAAGAUCCAAAAGAUGCAUUGCUUCGUGAGUUUCAAGAAGAAAUACAAAGGUUGCGUUCUCAACUACAAAAAAAGGGCGGAAGUGGUAUUAGUGGUGGAAACAACAUGAAAAUAAAGAAAAAAAGAAGAAAAAUGAAACCAGAUGGAACAGAAGAAGAAAUUGAAGCAGAAGAAGAUGUAGAAGGUACAGCAGAAAAUAUUCUUAAAGAACAGCAAGCUAAGCUUGAUCUAGAAAAGCAGAUGCUGCUUCAAAAUAGUAGCAUUGUUGAAGAGGAAAAAGCAAAGUUGAUUGCAGAAAUAGAUAAGCGUUCAAGUGAACUCAAUAAAGAACAACAAAAGGCUCAAGCUAUUGAAGCAAAAAUAAAGGCAAUGGAAAGCAAACUGCUUAUUGGAGGCAAGAGCAUUAUUGACAAAACUACAGAACAGGAAAAGGCAUUAGAAUUAAGAAGAAAAGAAAUUUUAGAACAAAAGAAACGUGAAAGAGAGAUUGCACAAAGGCUUGAGCAACAAGAAGAAAAUGCAAUGGAAAUAAAAGAAAACUUUACUUCCUUACAGCAAGAAGUCGAUGUUAAAACAAAAAAAUUAAAAAAACUCUUUGCCAAACUGCAAACUACAAAGCAAGAAAUUUCAGAUGCGCAAGAAGAUCACAUAAAAGAGAGACAAGUAUUGGCAACUACACUUGAAGAGCUGAAUAGAGCUAUUAAGCUGAAAACGUUGAUUAUUGAAAACUUUAUACCCCUUGAUGAUAGAGAAAAAGUGAAAAAAAGGGCUUACUUUGAUGCAGAUUCAGAAAAUUGGAUUAUGAAGCCAUUAACCAAUCAUGAAAAUGUUCAGCAAAUGGCUAAGCGUCCUGUUUCAGCAGUAGGAAAUAAGCGUCCAAUAUCAGAGUAUGCACGUAAAGCAGCAGUAUUUGGUGGUAACCCUCGGUAUAAGAUGGAAAAUAUUAUUCAAAUGGAAUUAGACAUGCCUAGUCGGACUACUCGAGAUUAUGAAGGCCCUUCUGUUGCUCCUCGCAUACAAGCAGCGCUCGAUGCUGCUCUACAAAAUGAAGAUGAUCUCACGCUAGAUGCAUCUUCAUCAAACACAUUUAAUACUAAAAUAAAAAUCAAAGGGAAAAGAGGAGAGAGACCAAAAACCGCAAAGCUUGUUGGACCGGGGAGAGUAUAUACGACCAAUGAAAACAAUGAGUAUCCUACAGCUAGAGGCCUUGUUAAGAAUUAGUUACUUUUAUGCAUCAUUGAUUUAAAAUAGACAGUUUCAACAUGAAAAAAAAUAUAUAUAAAUUUACGUUGUGUCAUGUGUCUUCUUCAUUUCCUUUUUUGGAAGAGAUUGGAAGAGAGUUUUGAAAAAGAAAUUAAGUUACGUUAAUAAAAAAAAGAUUUUAAAAAGAAGUCAUUAUAAAGUUAUCUUAGAAUAUGAAUAUUAAAUAGUUUAUACGCAAUUUUUUAUGUAUAUAUAAUUUGUAUAAUAAUUAAUGCUAAUAUAUUUAUAAUUUUUGUUAAUUAAAUUAUUG